AUGAAGGGGCAGUAUGAUAAUUCUCCAGAGGCGCUGAUCCAACCUCUAGGAGAAGCGGUAGUUACAUACUCCAUUAUUGGUGGCAGCUACGAUGGGCCGCUAUGCAGCGGUCAAGCUCUCAGCUUCAGCAUUACAGCCCGACUUGUAAGAUAUUAUCCGGCCGAAAUCCUAUCCCCGAUGUGCCCAGAGAGACGCUUCCCUAGUAAGGAGAGAAAUCAGCGAAGAGUGUGCACAGCAGACUUCCCUGAUAAUGCCGAGUGGGAACAGCUUGGUGAUCAUCGUCGUGAACAAGAAGGCCAUGCAAACAUCUCGGUCGCAUUUAUUCAUGCCACUGACCAUUUCGAGAGGCCGGUGGAUCUGCUGCUGCUGCACAACAUUUGCAGCACCCCAGGAAAUUACCUGCCCGACUCUACUGUACUUCGUCAGCUCUCUCAUGAAGGAAAAACAGUUUGUCCCGGUACAUGA